GAUGCUGUGCUGAGCCCCACUUCCGUUUUAGUGUCGUUCUCUCCUCUCGUCAGUCAACAUCCAGAUUUGAACAGGGAGAGGUGGUGAAACAUUUUUGAUGGAUUUGAGUCUUCUGCUGUGGAUGAUUUGGAUCCUUGAAGCCAGUUCGUCAUCAGUUCCUGACCAGUACAGCCGAGCUGUGGAUUGGCUAAGUAGGUAUGGCUACCUCCCCCUCUCUGACCCCAGGACAAGCCAGCUGCGGACGAAGGAGGGCAUCGAGAAGGCCAUCCGUAUCAUGCAGAGAUUUGGUGGAGUCCAGGAAACAGGCGUUCUCGACAGCGACACCCUUAGACUCAUGUCCACGCCACGAUGCUCUCUGCCUGACAUAGUAGGCAGCGAGGACAUGCUGAGGAGGAAAAGGAGAAGGAAACGAUAUGCCCUGUCCGGCCUCAAGUGGCACAAGACAGAUCUCACAUGGAGCAUCCACAACUACCCCUCACCAUCCAUCUCACCCAGUCUGCGACCCACGGAUGUCCAGGGCCUUCUGACUCAUGCGCUCAAAGCCUGGAGUGACGCCGCGCCGCUGAGUUUUCGUCUGGUGCAGCCUGACAGCGGAGUCUCUUCUGCAGGGGGCGACAUCAGAGUGUCGUUUUCCAGUUUGCUCCACAAUGAUGGGUACCCUUUUGACGGCCAGGGGGGCACCCUGGCACAUGCCUUCUUUCCAGGCCAGGACCAUAUGUCUGGUGAUACUCACUUUGACGAUCAUGAGAUCUGGAGCUACGGCGGUGACAGCAGCAGCACUGACCUGUUCACGGUUGCAGUGCAUGAGUUUGGACAUGCUCUAGGCCUCUCCCACUCUUCCUCUGAUCCAUCUAUUAUGAGACCAUAUUACCAGGGUCCUGUGGGAGACAUUUCCAGCUUCCAGCUGGCUCCAGAUGACAAACUGGCUAUUCAGCAGCUUUACGGAAUCAAGCAGCAGAAGCCCAAUGGGGUUGAUCCCGACCUGCCACGUUUGCCCACCCCUCGCCCGGCACAACCCACUCAACGAUCGGAUCCCACACUUCCUCAGCGUUGUGAGGGGGGCUUUGAUGCGGUGGCCAACAUCAGGGGAGAAGUAUUCUUUUUUAAAGGCGCUCACUUCUGGAGGACCACGAGAGACGGGUCUCUGGUCUCUCUCAGGCCGGCGCUCAUCAAGAACUUCUGGUACGGCCUUCCCGAUGGAGUCAACAAGAUUGAUGCUGUUUAUGAGAGGAAGAGUGACAGCAACAUCAUCUUCUUCAUCGGGUCUCAGUACUGGGUGUUUAAGGACACGGUGGCCAAGAGCAACUAUCCCCGCCCACUCUCAGACUGGGGAAUGAAGACAAAGAAUGGCAUGAACGUGAGGAAGGUGGACGCAGCCUUUAUCUGGGCCCAUAACGGGAAGACUUACCUGUUCAGCGACGGGGAGUUUUGGAGAUUUGACGAGAGCCGUAAAAGUGAAGAGGUGACGCGGAAACCAGAGUCAGGUUACCCACGAGACAACAGCCUGUGGACAGGAGUUCCUACAAACAUGGAUGACAUCAUCAGCUGGGGAGAAGGAGAUGCAUACUUCUUCAAGGAUAACCUGUACUGGGUGCUGAAGAGUGGAGGACUUUCUCAAGAUAUCGUCACUCCCAAAUCCAUCGCUGUCGAUUGGCUCAAGUGCACCGCAGCAGCCGCCACGAAAUCUCCAGCCGCACCCAGAGACCCCAACAAGUGCAGCUGCGACCUGAAGGCAGAGUCCUCUCAGGUCACUGGCAGUGGACUCCUGUUGGUAACUCUUCUGUUGUUAGUUGUUGCAUGAUGGUUGGCGAUAUUAGACUCAUGGAAGGAUGCACAUGUUGGGCCCUCCCCUUGUGUCAGUCAUCCAUCCGCUUUCUGCCGUGUCAUCAUUUAAACUAGAAUUUUAUUUGUUCGUUAAAAUUGAUUUGUUGUUAACUUUCAGUAUACAGAGACAUUUCAUAAUGGUUUUCCUACAUCUUGCCUUUGACAAAGCAUAUGAAAAUGCUUAAUUCUGGUUAUAUUUUUGUUCAUACAAACAAUUCCGCACACACUCCAUGUUUAUAUGUAUAAAUGUUGAGGCAAUAAAUUAAUUGACUUCAA